AUGAGCUCGACAAACUUCAAUUCUGGUUCAUAUAAUGACAAUAAUUAUAACAAUCAACAAUGUAUUCCACCAGCAAGAUAUACAGAAGUUGAUCAAAAUGGUGAAGUCGUCUAUCAAUCGGAUUCCAUUCCUGUUGAUUUAGUUUCAACUUAUUUACAACCAAGAGAUACAGUUGCACAAAGAAAUGCUGCAACAAGUGGUGACAAAACAAGUGAUCAAUAUAGAACAUUCAAUAUUCCAGAUAAAUUCGACAACCCAGAUUGGUGGCAAGGAUAUACAAAAAAAGAACCUAAUCCACUCUAUCGAACAACUGCUCAAGAUUAUGGUGCUGAAAAGCCUAAUAUUCAUACAAUGCCAACUGUUUAUCGAACACAAUCAAGUGCAUUUACUGAACAUCUUGGUAAAUGUGGUGUUUAUCGUUAUCAAGGUCUUAAUACGGCUGUAGAUAAAGGACGAUUUAUAGACAAACCUUAA